GCAUACCCGCUGCUACCGCGCGCCGGUAUCGCUCGUCUGCUCUUCUCAAGCUCUCCUCUCGCCGAAGGUGUUUUUUUGGUUAAGUCCAUCAGAGUUUAAUAGUUGUUUUAACAUUCAAAUUACGAUCGUUCAAAAAUUGCGAUAAGCAUGGAUUCAAUUGCUUCAGGAAAUUUGUCGGCUGUCGAUAGAGAUGAACUCAUGCAACAAGUUAGACAAGAAGUAGCUAUUGCCGCUGCUCAAGAAUUACUGACGAAAUUGACGGAAAAGUGUUUCAAAAAGUGUGUUACAAAGCCCGGUACUUCCCUAGAUAGUUCUGAACAGAAAUGUGUUGCCAUGUGCAUGGAUCGAUACAUGGAUGCCUAUAAUGUUGUGUCAAAGGCCUACAGUGAAAGAUUGCAGAGGGAACGAAAUCGUUUGUAAAUAGAUCAAAUCUUUUGAAAAAAUAAACAUACUUUUUUUGUUGUAAA